CUGCCCAGGGGGAAGGGCUAGCAGAUCAUUCAUUACUGAAAAUUUCCUUGGCUAAGCAUUAAAAAAACCACAAGCACCUGUUCGCCAUGCCCACCAAUGAAAUGCCAGCUCCUGGACCAAAUGCAGAUGGAAGAAAAAUGAGCGGUCCCUUGUGUGCAGGACCUGUCAGCAAGGACCAUUCAGCGAUUCCUGUGUUAAGGGGCACAUCAAGGAUGCUUGACCACAUGAGGCCUGUUUCUUCCUCCCUGGAGUACAGUUUUGUUCCAGAGGAGAUUUUCCGAACCCUGGCCUGUGCAAGCAGUUCUCUCAGCAGUCCAGAAUACUUAAAAUCCCACCAAACAGUAAAAAACACAAUGGGCUUCAGGGGCUGCCUGCAAACUCCAGAUCGGCUUUGGCAUUAUCCUAAUCGUCGGAGCAAGUUCAGACACCUGACAGACCACCCUGUCAGCUUGACAGGCGCUGGAAGGGAUGUCUCUUACCUUUGUGAUGUUGUGACUCGGCAGGAAGACAGGAAAAUGAUGGCUCUCAAAAGCUCUUUCUCUGAGAGUCAUCAGGAACAGAGACGGAGCAGCCGUACGGUCCCAAGUAGUCCUCAAGCAACCCUAGCACAUAGUCUGGUUCCCAAGGAAUUUCACAUCGUGAAGAACAGGGGAGUUUUGCCCUUGAAGUACUUCGAUGAUAAAUACACAACUCUGCUUGAAGACCAUAAAAAGAAGCUAUGGCUGUUUCCAUCCAUGAAACCUGCUGGGAGGUUAGAAGUCAUCCAGCUGAUGGAGGCAAUGGACAACAUGUUGGAAAAAGCGGGAGUAGAUGAGCUAAUCAGAGUAACAGGACCUUCACAGCUGCACAACGUGCUGGAGCUACUGAAGGCGGAACAGAACAUUUACAACAUAGUUUUCCAUGAGCUGAUUCGGCAGGUCAGCGUGGACUGCGUGGAGAGAGGACAUCUGCUUUCUAAGCUCAGGCAGAGGUAUGUGGAUCUCCUGGAGCGGAUUCCUCAACAGAUGAAGACUCUCUACAAAAAAAUGAUGGCACAGCAGUUGCUUGACAGACAUAUUACAAAGGAACUACUCUAUUUUAAGGAGUCUGUUGAACAGCUGACCAGUGAGCUGUAUGAGGUACGAGAACAUGACCGCAAGGUGACCAGAGAAGCAGAAAAAGCUCAAGAGGAGCUAGCUGCAGCCAUGCAGGAGGCUGAGGCAAAUGCAAACCUUUUGGAACAGUAUCGGGAGUUGUAUGAGUUACAGAGGAGAAGACUGGAGGACCAGGUUCUGCUGGUAGCUCAAGAGAGAGACAUCUGGAGCUCAGCUGCAUAUGACCUGGCUCUGAAGAUAAUAGAUAGAAACCAGCUCACAUUGGUUCGCAGGCUCGAUGUUAGUGGGAAGACACUUACCAAAGUUCUCAAGCAUUUCAUAGUCCUGUUGGCCUCAAAGGACACGAGAGACCUUGCUGAUCUGCAGGAAGAGGCAGAGCAGUUCAGAGAAAUGUUGGGUCGCGUUGGAGCAGAAAUAGAGCAUUUGGAGGAGUCCAGCAAGGAAAAACUGCAAAUUGUGUGCCGCAGUCUCAACAAGUGGCUUCAGUACCGUGACAGUAACUUUUCCUCUCAGAUGAAUGAAGAGCUAUUGGAUGAAAUCAUACCAGAUAUGAAGAUCUUGAUAAACAUGCUGAAGGAAGACGUACAGCAGUAUGGAGGAGGGGUGUACCUAGCGAAGACAGAAAGUCUCAGGAGUGCUGCCAGGCUACAGGAACACUGGACAGAGCUAGGACAAACAGUGCUGAAUCGACACCAGGACUUCACUGGGGCAUUGCCUCCACAGCAUGCUGCCCUGGGAGAAAUAAACCAAAGUGCACGUGAACUCUACCAGCAAUACAAUAUACGGAUAAGUGGGAAUAAUGGCACAACUAUGUUUUUGACAGCCUUGGUGAGAAGUAUGGAAGAUUGGUUAUUUAAGGUGCAAAAGCUGAAGAAAGGUUCUGGCAUGCACAAAGCUGAGCUGCAGGCAUUUUAUCACAGGAUUCCUUCAUGGCUGGCCCAGGUGGAUGCAGUGAUGAGCUUUAUAGGCUCUGGCCAGUUGCAUGAAGCUAGGAAUGAUAUGGAACCACAUCUCCCGGUGGUACCUAGAGAAUUUUUUAAGAUGAUUCAGCAAUGGAUUCUGUCCAUGAAUAAUGAGGUUGAGAAGAGUAUCAUGCAUCUUAAUGAAGAAGUGACUGAACUGCACAGAAACCUGACCCUGUGGCUGGUGAAUUUGCUGCGACAUGUGACAGCAGACCGCUUGUUCUGUGAGUGUCCCCAGCAGCAGGAGUCAGAGACUGAGAUGGACAAGGAGCUCAGGCUUCUGAGUGCUCAUAAACUACAGGAUGAAGCUAAAGAGCUGGUUGCCAAGAUGUGCAGGCUGUCUGGUUCUAUAGUCAGCUCCUGCCGUGAGAUUGUCAGUGCAAUUGUUCGAAAGAAACGGUCAGAGAUGGAUUUAGAAGCUGAUUUUGAGCUGGAGGAGCUGAAUAAGAUCAAGACUGAGUGCUGUAAUUGGAUUCAAGUGUGCAGCCUUCUCCUUUCAGAGAUCAAAGGCACUCCUGUCUCUUUUCUGGAUUUAGAAGAACUGAGAAACCUCUUUGGAUCAGAGGAAUUGCAACUGAAGCUUAAGCUUAAGGACGCGAUCAUUUCUUCAACUCAAGAAGGGCUUAGAGCUGAUGAUGCCAACAGCUACAAGAAACCCAUAACACAGGAAGAAACAUUAACAGUAAAGGAGGAAAUUGCUCUUACACAGCAGCAGCCCAGUGCUGGUGCAGAUGAUCUGAGUGAAGGUGGUGAAGCUACUGCAGACAUGAUCAGAUAUGUAGGACACGACUCCAACAUCCACCUGAAGUCCCUGAAGUCAGACAUCAUUUCUGUCACGGGGAGGGAGAUGACUGCCAGCAAGUCGUCAACUCCCUUUUCUCAGAAAGAGUUUGAAGCCCUUGCCAUGCUGGAACACCUGCAAGUGCAGCUCCUAGAAACAGAGAUCCGUGCUCAGAAUGCAGAGGAGAGAGCUGAAGGUUUUGAGAAGAAGCUGGAAGAAGCUCUGGAGAAAAUCCAGGAGCUAGAGAGAGAGCUGGAGAAAAAGGGGAAAGUUGUCCCUGAAGCUACACCCAAAGAAGGGCAAGAAAAAUGUUUCCAAGAAAGCGUGUCAGAAGGCGAGCCCUGCUCAAGUCCCAAAGCGUCUACCUCUGGGCAGUUCAAGGGAUCCAGAAAAAGCAAACAUUAAAGAACAGCAAUGCCUGAGUAGUUUCUUAGUGUCCAUUCCUAAUAGCAUCUCAUUCCCAGUCCAGUGCCUUUGCUCCUUAUCUCUGCUACUCCCCUCUGUGUGCCAUCUCAGCAUUUAUGCUGUUUUUCUAGCUGGCUCUACCACUUCCAUACCUGUCUUGCUUAUCCACUACUUCCUUCCACAACUCUAACACGUUUACAGUUUGUUCGCCCUCUUAUUGUACUGAGAUGGCAUUUAAAACACAUACCCCAUCUCCCUGUGAUUUCUAUGCUUGGCAUCUGAGUCCCCUGGCUCCUCAUAUGCAGUACCCCUACAGCCUGAACAAGCCAAACUGCCCAGCAAGGCGGUUGCCCAGGGCUGCUGCUUCUGUCAGUCCCCAGCCCAGGACAGUCUGUGUGGUUAUAAAGCUCUGCAAGGACAGCAGCAGCUGCCUGGAUUUGGCAUGAGUCUGCAGUUUGACCCAGUCUCAGCUCGGAAGAGCAGGCAGUGAAACUGUCAGGAAUUGCAUCUGCUACAGACAGCCCCUGCCAACUCCUCUGGAGUAAAUUCUAUUUUGAAACCAUCGUAUAUCAGUAAUACUGAAGUACAUUUUUAAAUGAUGUUUCCUUCUGUAAGGUUUUUGAAUGUAAUACCUCCUGAAGGUAAAACGACAAGUUUCUGACAGCUCUGUGUAUGUCAAAGAGAAAAGAUCCUGCUGGAACAAGGGUUCUUUGGAACUGAGGAUGCUCUUAGCUUUCAUUUGCCUUUUCUGCAACUUUGCAGAAAUGUUACAUAUUUGAAAAAAAUAUGCCUGACUUCUGCAGAUAGGAGUGCAAAUAGAGUGAUGUGGGCCCUGGCACAGUACCAUGUGUCUCUGAAAGUCUUAAUUCUCAGGCUCUGUUGUUUCUUUCAGACAUUACUUGCAGGUGAUUGUCCUUGAUGUGCCAAGGAACCUUGGUCUGGGUGGAUCAUUUUACAGGGAGUUAGAAAUGUAGCCUGAGAAGCGUUUGGAGAAGGGAUCGUCUGCAGCUAACUGGUGUGCAGUAUCACACCAUUUUGCUCUAGGUUGGGAAACAGGGGCUUACCCUAGCAUCAAAAUUAAAAAACAGAACCAGACUUAGAGAAGUAAAUACACAGCUCAUGUUCAUCAGUGGAAGGUUACAGAGCUGUUCCACUUCCCAGAGCUAGCUUUCUAUGGCUGGAUCACAACUGAGAUCUAUUACAGACAAACAAGCAGCAGCUGAGGGCAUCCUGCAGCCCUCUCCUGAGAGGGUUACAGUGGCAGAAUG